AUGCUUCUCUUUUCCUCACCCUCUCAAAGUUGAAAUUUUUCUUUUGAUGCAUCUGUGUGUAGUGGUUCAUGUCACCCGAUCUAAUGGAAUUGGUGAGGAACAAGCUAACAUAUGAUUUUCGUAUGUUCAUUAUCGGACAGAGUGAGGUGUUUGUAGUCCUCUGUGGAUUUUGGCUCUUUGUAGCUUUCACUAGGUCUUCUUUCAAAUUCCUAUGCUUGAUAUCAUUGUUUAUGUUAUUUGCACAACUAAAAGAUUACUAAAGAGGUUCAAACCCAGAAGAUAUUGUCAUAUAACAUAUUAAAGCUUCAUACAAUUUACCUGUAUUUAUGUAUAAAGUUCUAUAUGAUAUGAUAAGGGGAAAAGAUAACAUAUGCACAAGAUCAUAUAUACAUUUCACUUUUUAGUCUAGUGUCUGCCAACUCAUUAGCUAUUAAGAAUUUGUCUUCUCCUCGCAAAUGCAUAUUGAGGGGAUGAGGUUAUCUAACACGGCUAUCAAUCUCUUUUCAAGUGUUAUUGUUAUUAUUUUGUCGAUACUUCUAAAGGCUAAAAACACCUAAAUUCCUUAAUAUCAUUGGCCCUACUCUUUUUCGAAGUAAUCACACUAAAUGAACAGUUAACCUCUUCUUGAAGAACCCAAACUGUAGAACUUGAAAAGACUUAAUGACCAUCUCCCGACCCUUUCAGGACUCUAGAGCUGCAAAUACCAUGCAUAAAUGCUUAGUGGUGAGAACCUAACUUUGAGUUUUCUCCAUCCAUAUGGAUAUUACCUAGCUAAGGGAUUCAAGAAAGUUCGGAAUGUACCGAUCAAGUGCUUGUUGUCAAGCAUUCCCGCAUAUUACGGCUCUUAUGCAUGCAUGCGGUCAUUGAGAAUUUGGGGAUGCUUAAAUUACUCUUUUUGGGACACAAAGAAUGAGGUGAAUACUAGAAGCUAAUUACAUCUUUGAUUAAGAGAGAAGAGGGCUGGAGGGGUUAGGGAUGAGUGUAUUCAACAAAGCUCUUCUAGGGAAAUGAUUAAUGGGGUUUUGGCAAUAAGGUGCAUGCUUAAUAGAGAACAGUAACAUCAAAACAUUGAGUUUAAGAAGGGAGAUGAAAUACAGAAAUUAUCAUGAUACAAUACGAGUGUGGUUUGUGGAGAAACAUCAUGCAAAUGUAGGAGGAAGCUUAGUAGAAAUGUAAAAGGCGUGAUUCGUAAUAUAGGGUUAGCUUCCGCAACUAGAGAUAGUGCUAUGGUGACAUCUUGAGCCAUGUCGUCCUUUUUAUAACCGAGAAAUUAGUUGGUUGGGCCAACCUCAAUUGAUCCAUGUGUUUAAAACUUGGGGGAGUAUGGCGGGAGAUCUUUCUACUCUCCUUUUACUUAAAUACCAGGUUUUAGUCACUGGUACUAUUUAAAUUUGUGAUAUUCGCCCAAUCUGCACAUCUUCUGUUGCGUCCUUCCCAUUGAACCGAAGACCUCGGGGCACAUUUUAAGUAAUGCCUUUCUAGUACAUUCAGUAUAUUGGGCCAACAAUCAAUAACUAUGCUCAAAUAUAUGGGACACGUAAAGGAGAAAAUUGGAUGUAAAGUUUAGUAAGAAAUUUGCAGAGAGAAACACUCAAGGGUGUGACCUAGUGGUCAAUGAAGUGCUUUGAAAACCAUGAGGCCCCAGGUUCAAAUCUCAGCAGAGACAAAAACACUAGGUGAUUUCUUCUCAUAUGUCUUGGCAUUGGUGGACAGAGUUACUUGGUACCUGUUGCUAGUGGGAGGUAUACCCUAGAAUUUGUCGAGGUACGCACAAGCUGGCCCGAACACCACAGUUACAAAACAAAAAAAGAAAUUUGUAGAGAGAGACUAGUUUCAAAAUUUUAUGCAGCAUCCGGGUUACUGUGCGAUAAGAAGGUGUUGCCAAGGCUUAAGGUAAAUUCUAUAGAGUGGUGGUUAGAUAGGCAGAAUGCUGGCCAGUAAAGAACGUGCACGUUCAGAAGAUGAGUGUAGCGGAAAUGAGGAUGCACAGAUGGAUGUGUGGGCAUACUAGGAGGGAUAUGGUUUGGAACGAAGUUAUACGGGGCAAGGUGGAAGUGGCACCCGUGGCAGACAAGAUGAGGGAAGCGAGACUGAGAUGGUUCGGAUAUGUGAAGAAGAGGUGUGGAUGCGCCAGUAAGGAGGUGUGAAGGUUAGCUAUAACAAGAGUUGGAGGCAUGGAAGUAGGCCAAAAAAGAAUUGGGGGAGGUGGUUAGACAGGACAUGGCACCGCUACAGCUUACUGAGGACAUGACCCUAAAUAGAAAGGUGUGGAGCUCGAGGAGUAGGCUAAAGGUUAGUAGGUAGCCGAGUGGUCUCCGUAUCAGUAGUAUUAGGUAGUAAUCACAUAGUUUCUUUUCUUCAAUGUGUAUUACUAUUUGUUGCCUCAUUUGCUUUUUAUCUUGCUAUUUUGUUGCCAUAUGUUUCUUGAUACCAUGCUUUUUACCUUUGUUAUUUGUUGUCACAUCCCAAUUAAGGACAUGUACGAGGGUGCAAAGACUCGUGUUAGGACAGUGGGAGGUGAUUCGGAACGGUUUCCUGUCAUGAUGGGGGUGCAUCAGGGAUCAACCCUUAGCCCGUUUCUAUUUGCUUUAGUGAUGGACGAAUUGACACGAUAUAUUCAAGAGUUGGUGCCGUGGUGCAUGUUAUUUGCGGACGACAUAGUUUUGAUUGACGAGACGCGUAGGGGAGUUAAUGAUAGGGUUUGUUUGGAGAACGACUUUAGAAUCUAAAGGUUUCAGGUUAAGCAGGACUAAGACGGAGUACAUGGAGUGCAAGUUCAGCGAGGCGACGCAGGAGAUAGAUGUGGAAGUGAAGAUCGAGGCACAAGCUAUACCCAAAAAGCUUCAAGUAUCUUGCCAUAAUACAAGGAGACGAGGAGAUUGACGCUGAUGUGGCACACCAUAUUGGAGCAGGGUGGAUGAAAUGGAGGCUCGCCUCCGCGGUGCUUUGUAAUAAGAAAGUGUCGCCAAGGUUGAAAGAUAAGUUCUACCGAGUGGUGGUUAGACCAGCAUUGUUGUGUGGGGUAGAAUGCUGGCCAGUCAAGAAUUCUCACAUUUAGAAGAUGCAGGUAGCGGAGAUGACGAUGCUCAGAUGGAUGUGUGGUCAUACUAGGAGAGAUAUGAUUAGAAAUAAAGUUAUAAGGGACAAGGUUGGAGUGGUUUCUGUGGCGGACAAAAUGAGGGAAGUGAGGCUAAGAUGAUUCGGGCAUGUGAAGAGGAGGUGUGAGGAUGCGCCAGUUAGGAGGUGUGAGAGAUUGGCAAUAGCAGGAGUUAGGAGAGGUAGAGGCAGACCGAAGAAGAAUGGGGGGAGGUGAUUAGACAAGACAUGACACAACUUCAGAAGACAUGACCUUAGAUAGUAAGAGUUGGAGGUCGAGAAUUAGGGUAGACGGCUAGUAGGUUGAUGAGUUUUGCUGCAUUGUGGAUGUAAGGAGUAGGGGGCUAACCUCUUCGUAUCCGCUUUUCAUUCACUUGGUAUUAUUGUUUAGGUUUUGCGUAGAUCCCUACUCUUCUGUGUGUAUUACUAUAUGUUGCUGUAUUUGUGUUAUAACUUGAUAUUUUGCUAUCUAAUCUUUCUUGCAAUCUUGCAUCGACUACGUUUCUGCUGAGCCAAAGGUCUAUCGGAAACAACCUCUCUACCCCUCAAAAGGUAAAGAUGGAACCCACAUUCUGGAGCCUAUGGGUGUGGAAGAGCAUUUAAGAUCAGGAAUUUCUACUCCAAAACAACCUGUGGCAAAUCCUGAUUCCCCUAUGAUUGAAGAGAGUAGCAGAAUAUCUAAUUCUGAUGAAAGAAGUGGAGACAAUUAUUCAAGUUUGGAUGGAAAAAGAACUGGCGUACUUUCUGAUCUCCAUGGUCGAAGAUGUUACAGUGGGGAAACAAUAACCCAUGAAACCCAGCCCGUUGGUCAAAAAGUAAGUGCUGAAUUCACUGAAGGAGGUCAUCAAGAAGUGUCGCAUGAAUUACAACAAGCAUCAUCGAGGUUGGAUGUUCAGGAGACUAGGGUAAGAAGUUUUCCCCCUGGUGCUGAUUCUAGUGGUGGAAAUGAAAGGCCAGCAGAUAGAUGUGAGUUUUAUUCUAGAGGUUGGUGCAUCAAUGGGAGCUCAUGCAGGUUCCUUCACGGAAAGGAUCCUGUAACUGGCCAUAAUAAGGAUGGUGGUUUAGAUGCUGCAAAGAUGAAAAGCAAACUCAUAAAUGGUGAAGGUUCAAAAGAUACCACUGAGAGACCAGCACGGGAUUGUUUCUCUGAUUUGGCAUCAGAUGAAGUUCGAUGUGGAGAAAAUCGAAGGUUGAAUAGUGACAAUGAUUUGCAUAUGCAUAAAGAUGAGGAUCGGUCAAACAUUCCGUUUAGAGACAUUGGAAGAGAAACUCUUGGAUCUAAAUCAUACUUGGCUGGGUAUGGCAGCUCUUCAUCACCAUUACUGAAAGAUGAUUCUCUUAGUAAAGAUAGCUAUCGUAGUGGAAUGCUUCCAAGUAGCUCAGUACUGUCAUCUUACAAGUAUCAGAACACUGAAAUACCCUCUUAUGCCUCAAAUUUGGAUAACACGAGUUAUAAGAGGACCCAGCUUAUGCUCGACUAUCAUCAUUUGCCAUUCUUGAAUCGCUCUGUGGAUACGUGGCCUUCUUAUCUUACUUCUUCCUCUUCAAACCUAGAUCCCACUGGUGAUCAGAAGCUUUUAGACCCUAGCCGGGAAUACUGUUAUUCUAGGUCAAUCUCUCUGCAUAACAAGUCUUCAGUACUUCCUAGUUGUGGAACUGAACCUUUUUCUUGGACUGGUUUAUCAGGGGACAUGGAACACUCAUGCGGUUAUAAGACCAAGGUAUACUUUAAUGAGUGGGAGCCUUCUGCGCCUUUUCGGCCAUCAGCCUUUCUUAGUCAAAUUAUUCCCCCUCCAGAAAGUCUUUAUGAUCCGAUUCGUGAUAGCAUUGAGCAAACCAGCACAGCUGAGAAAGAUUUGUCUGCUAAUGAAAGAAAAACAGCUGAUAGAGCUGUGGCCCAUCAAGAAAACGUGAAUACCUCUUCAAAAGAAGAAAAGCACUCAAGAUUAAUUAAUCCCGGAGGCCAAAAAAGGAAACAACCAAAAGUAGAGAAGCUCCGACCCAACUGUGAAAUUGAUACCAACUUUAGGAGAGAUGGAUCUGUGAACUAUGAGUCAGUAGUUAUGAAGCAUUUUCGUGCUGCUCUUGUUGAUUUCGUUAAAGAAUUGCUUAAGCCAACUUGGCAUGAAGGUCGCUUGAUGAAGGAUGCAUACAAGAUGAUUGUUAAGAAAGCAGUAGAUAAGAUCAUUAACUCUUUGACACCCGAUCAAAUUCCUGAUACGACUGAAUCCAUCAAUCAGUAUCUAUCUGUAUCUAAAUCAAAAGUAGCUAAGCUCAUUGAGGGGUAUGUGGAGAAAUAUGGUAAAUCUUGAGAUGAAUCAUCAAAAGUAUUGCUUUACAUGCUGCCACUAGUCAGGAAUCGGUGAAACGCCUCAUUGUGGGACUACUUUUGUUUCUACUAAAGGGCUAGAAACAAAAUGUUAAUUUUGUAUAUGGAUUUCUUCUUAUUAGAUAAGACCUUUUUUUGCUGC